CGCCGCUGCCGUCCGUGGUUGUCGGCGUCUCCGCAGCCUCCUCCUUCCCCUGUCCCAAUUCCAUACGGCGAGACCUUCCCUUUUAGUUUGGCACGUCGUCCGUGGUGUUGCCGUCGUCUUUCCGCUGUUAGUGAAAGGGAUGCUACUUUCAACUUGAUCUGUUCACAUUGACACAUCUCAAUCAGAUAAAAAAAUUGGUACACAUUUUUUUCCAACACGUAUUUGUUACUCCUCCACCAAUAAUUACAAACUCACAUAGACUUGCUCAAAGACUUGGAGAGUGGAACCAUACCACACAUGCAAGACUUGACUCUUGUUCUUGGAACGUAAAGGAGUAAUUGCAACCAAAUUCACAUUGGUUAACAAAUGUGACUACACAGUGUGGCCGGGAAUUCAAUCUAACGCCGGAGCCCCUCUCUCCACCACCGGCUUCGUCCUCCAACCCGGUAAGUCCACUCCAGUCACCGCCGCAGCUGGCUGGAGCGGCCGCUUCUGGGGCCGAACCCUCUGCUCCCAAAACUCCACAGGGAAAUUCUCCUGCGUCACUGGCGACUGCGGCUCAGGAAAGCUUGAGUGCUCCGGCAACGGCGCCACGGGUGCCACGCUGGCCGAGUUCACCCUUGGCAGCUUUGGCGGCCUCGAUUUUUUCGACGUCAGCCUCGUCGACGGCUACAACGUCCCCAUGCUGGUGGCACCCAUCGGCGGAUCCUCCGCCGGAAACUGCACCGCCACGGGAUGCGUUGGAGAUUUGAACGGCGCGUGUCCUUCGGAGCUGAGGGUUAUGAGUGAGGAUGGAAAACAAGGAGUCGCGUGUAAAAGCGCGUGUGAAGCGUUCCGUUCGCCUCAAUAUUGCUGCACCGGCGCGUAUGAGACGGCGGAGACUUGCAAGCCAACGAGUUACUCGCGAAUAUUCAAGAGCGUUUGCCCACGCGCCUAUAGCUACGCGUACGACGACAAGACCAGCACGUUUACUUGCGCGAAUGCCGAUUACACAAUUACCUUUUGCCCUGCCCCUAGUACAAGCACUACAAAAGCUGAUGAUAUUGGUGUUUACUGGGGCCAAAAUAGUAAUGAGGGAACUCUUGCUAAUACAUGUGAAUCAAGAAAGUACUCCUAUGUAAACAUAGCAUUCCUUACCACAUUUGGAAAUGGUGAAACCCCGGUACUAAACCUGGCAGGACAUUGUAAUCAUUCUUCAAAAGGGUGCACUGGUCUUAGCUUAGAUAUCAAAAGUUGCCAGAAGCAAGGGAUCAAGGUCAUGCUCUCGAUCGGAGGAGGAUCCAGUACAUCCCAAUUGACUUCUUCUAAAGAUGCUAAAAAUGUUUCUGAUUAUCUCUGGAACAAUUUCUUGGGUGGUAACUCAUCUUCGCGCCCUCUUGGGGAUGCAGUGUUAGAUGGGAUAGAAUUCAACCCAGGUGAUAAUGGAUACUCAAUAUACUGGAUGGACCUUGCACGUUACCUCAAGUCCAACUCAACACAAAAUGUUUCUAUAGGUGCAGCUCCUCAAUGCCCCCUUGUUAGUGCUGAGAACUCUACCUUUAGUAGUGGAUAUUUCGAUUAUCUUUCGGUACAAUUCUACAACAAUCCUCCAUGCAAUUUUGUGAGUAGCAGUACUAGUGGCUUCAUAAAUGCAUGGCACCAAUGGAGCAAUUUGAAAGUGAAGAAAAUAUUUCUGGGGUUGCCAGCAUCUUCUGAUGAAGCUGCAUCUGGCUAUAUUCCUGCAAAUUUGUUAAAUUCUCAGGUCCUUCCUAUCAUAAGGAACUCAUCUAAUUAUGGAGGCAUAAUGUUGUGGGACAGAUACAGCGAUGUUAAGAGCAGAUAUAGUGAUUCCAUCGAAUUCGAUACAGGAGCUCAAGCAUCCACGCCUGCCAAAAGGAACAAAACCCACACAGAAGGGAAAGCACCCAUUCCUGUGGAAAGCAUCAAACCUCAUGCAGGAAAUGGAAAACGCCAUCUAGUUAUAAGGAUAGUUAUUGGCGUGGGAGCUGCCAUUACAAUAUGUUUAAUUUGCUACUUGAGCUGUGUAUGUUGGAGGAAGUACAAAGCAGAAGUGGAUACAAGAAACAGGCAAAGGAAGCUAAUACAUGACAUUGGAGGUGCUGCAAUGCUUUCCAGGAUGAAUUACAUAGCAAAAAAGUUUAAAAGAGAGGCUAAUGCAGGCGAUGAGAUUGAAAUAUUCAGUUUUGAAAGCAUGGUCGCUGCUACAAACAAUUUCUCAAGCUCAAAUAAGCUUGGUGAAGGAGGAUUUGGACCUGUUUAUAUGGGUAGAUUGACAAACCAACAAGAAAUUGCGAUAAAGCGACUCUCUACAAGUUCGGGUCAAGGGUUAACAGAGUUUAAGAAUGAAGCUAAACUCAUUGCAAAACUGCAGCACACUAAUCUUGUGAAGCUUAUAGGGCUCUGCAUCCAAAGAGAAGAGAGAAUGUUGGUCUAUGAGUACAUGUCCAACGGAAGCUUAGACUUGCACUUAUUUGAUUCAGAAAGAAGGAAUGUUUUGGAUUGGGAAAAGCGGCUUAACAUCAUAGAAGGCAUUGCUCAAGGACUAUUAUAUCUUCACAAGUAUUCAAGGCUAAAAGUGAUUCAUCGUGAUUUGAAAGCCGGCAACAUAUUACUUGACGAUGAGAUGAAACCUAAGAUAUCGGAUUUUGGCAUGGCUAGAAUACUAGGACUAACAGGUUCUGAAGAAAAAACAAACCGAAUUGUUGGAACACAUGGUUACAUGUCUCCAGAGUAUAUGUUAAAUGGCGUCGUCUCCCCAAAAGUAGACGUUUUCAGCUUUGGUGUAUUGCUGCUAGAGAUUCUCAGUGCAAAAAAGAAUAACUCCUCUUAUAACCCUGAUUUUCCACUACUCAAUCUCAUUGGAAAUGCAUGGAAGUUAUGGAAUGAAGGUAAAGCUCUAGAGCUAAUGGACCAUGGAUUAAAUGAAACAUGCAAUCCUAAAGAAGUAUUGAGAUGUAUCCACAUUGGCCUAUUGUGUGUGCAAAACGUUCCAACAGAUAGACCCACCAUGGUUGAUGUUGUCUCUUUUUUGUCAAAUGAUGCUAUCCAACUUGCUCAGCCAAAGCAGCCAGCAUUCUUCAUCAAUGUUGAUACAAACCAACAACAAUUGCAUACUAACACACAAGAAAUUUUCUCCAAAAAUAGUUUAACAUUAUCUGAUGUGGAUGGCAGAUGAAACAUGGCAAUUUGAGGAAUAUUUAGAUAAUUAAUUAGUGCAGUGGCAAAGUUACUCUUCAUUCAUAACUGUUUCAUGCUUUUUGCUGAGGAAAAAAAAAUGGGUUAAUUAUUGUGUACAAAGACGAUCAACAUAUAGACCUACUAUGAUAGAUGUUGUCAUUAAUCUUUCAAAUGUUAACAUAGAUGUUGUCACCUAUCUUUUGAAUGAUAUUGCUGAAAUACUAACAUUGUGGAUACAUGUGUGAUUUAAUUUA